AUGUCGUUCAAGAAAUCCGCAAGCAGCCGGAAGCCGGCCGGCACGCUCGAGAUCUUGGAUGGCAAGAAGAUCCUCGAGCUGGUGCAGGAUGAGGCGGCAUUCACGGCGCACCUCACGGCAGCCUUCGAUGAGCUCGACGCCGACAAGAGCGGCACUUUGAGCCGCGCGGAGCUGCGCCCGGCGUUUCUGCGCAUUGCGCGCCUGGCGGGGCUGCCGGAGCCGGGCAGCAGGGCGGAGCUGGACCGCGCGGUGGAUGCCGUGUUCGGGCUGCGGGAGGGCGAAGACGACGAGCGGGGCGUGGUGGGGAAGGACGAGUUCGUCGCCUUGUCGAAAGACGUGCUCACUGACAUCGCCACCUCGCUCGCAGCGGAGCCGCUGCUGGUGCAGGUGUUCAACGGCGCGGCGCUGCGCCACGCGGCGGGAACCGCGGAGCAGCGAGCGGCGGUGGCGGAUGCGGCGUUCAAGCAGAUGGACAAGGACGGCAGCGGCAAGCUGUCGAAGCAGGAGCUGCUGCCCGUGCUCGCCGCGCUCGGCAUCGACGGCAUGCCGCCUCCCCAAGUGGCGGACGCGAUGCUCUCGGCGCUGCUGGAGGAGUACGCGGCGGGCGCGGAGGAGAUGGGGCGCGAGCAGUUCGAGGAGCUGUUUGCGCAGCUGGUGGCGGGCAUGGCGGACGUGCUCGAGGCGCAACCAGCCGUCGCGGUGGAGGCGGCGGUCGUGCUCAACGGAGGGGUUCUCAGAAAGAUGCUGGCGAGCAAGGAGCUGUUCGAGGAGGAGGCCAACGCGCUCUUCGCCGACUGGGACGUCAGCAACUCGGGCCAGCUGUCGCGCGCCGACGUCAUCAGCGGGCUGCGGCGGCUGGGCAUGGCGUGGGGGCUGCCGCCGCAGCAGGGCGGGGAGACCGACGCGCUCUUCGCGGACCUCUUCGCGGCGGCGGACUUCGACGGCAGCGGCUCCGUGGAUCGCGCGGAGUUCUCAGCGCUGCUGUUCGCGCUGCUGACGUCGAUCGCUGGGCAGCUGGAGCAGAACCCCAUCGUGCUGGGCGUGACUGUGCUGGUGGACCUGCCGGUGGGCGGCGAGGUGCUGGACGGCAAGAAGCUGCAGCAGCUGGUGGCGGACGAGGCGCAGAUGGACGCGUUCCUCGCUAGCAAGUUCGACCUGCUCGACCGCAACAGCGACGGCCGCCUCUCGCGCGACGAGCUGCAGCCCGCGUUCCUGCAGGUGGCGCAGCUGCUGGGGCUGCCGCCGCCCGGCACGCGCGAGCAGCUGGACGCGUUCGUGGCGGGCAUGUUCGCGAGCGUGGUGUCGGAGGACGCGGACGCCACUGUCGACCGCGAUACCUUCGUGUCGCUCUCCAAGCAAGUGCUCACCGCCGUCGCGCGCACGCUGCAAGAGGACCCGCUGGUGCUCUUGUCGCUGGACGGUUCGCGCCUGCGGCAGCUGCUGGCGCCGGAGGCGGAGGCGGAGUUUGAGGGCAUGGCGGGGGAGGUGUUUGCCGCCAUCGACACGGACGGCAACGGCCAGCUGUCCUUCUCCGAGCUGAGCCCCGCGCUGCAGGCCAUGGGCGUCGCCAUGGGCCUCCCCCCCGCCGGCUUGAGGGAGAACGCGGACACGGUGGUGGCGGACGUGGUGGCGGAGUACGGCCACGGCAAGCGCGAGCUCAGCCAAGCUGACUUCACGGCGCUGCUGCGCGACAUGCUGGGGGACGUGGCCACACGCCUGGAGGAGCACCCCGUGCUGCUGGGCCACACCGCCACCGUGCUCAACGGCUCGCGCCUGCGCAAGCUGCUGCAGAGUCCGGAGCAGCUGGAGGCGGUGGCGGACGAGCUCUUCCGCGACUGGGACACGCAGCACCAGGGCAAGCUGUCCUGCCGGGACCUGUCCGCGGGGCUGGCGGGGCUGGGCCCAUCGCUGGGGCUGCCACCGCCCGUGGCGAAGGACGCGGAGGGGUUCUACCGCGAGCUGUUUGUGGCGGCGGACAUGGACGAGAGCGGCUUCCUGGACCGCACGGAGCUGCGCGCCAUGCUGCAGUCGCUCUUUGAGAAGCUCGCCAGCGAGCUGGAGCAGAAGCCCCUCGUGCUCGAGUGCACCGUCAUCUCCACCUGA